AUGGCAGGGAAAGAAGUAUUAAUUGUCUAUGCACACCAAGAGCCCAAAUCUCUAAAUGGUUCAUUUAAAACCUUAACAAUGGAAGAACUGAAGAAGCAAGGCUGUACUGUCACUGGUUCAGACUUGUAUGAAAUGCAAUUUGAGCCAAGAACAACUAGGAAAGAUAUAGUUGGUGAAUUAUACAAUUAUACAGGUCAUUUUAAUUAUGGAAUUGAGGCCUGGAAAGCUUAUGAAAAUGGAUGUCUGACUGAAGAUUUGAUUGAGGAGCAAAAGAAAGUGAACAAAGCCGAUUUGGUGAUUUUCAAGAAUAAAUUAGCUUUACUUUCAUUUACCACUGGAGGAGACGAAAUGUAUUCAAGGAGAGGACCCAGUGAUAAUAUUCGUUACCUUCUCUGGCCCAUGCGGCAUGGAAUCUUACACUUCUGUGGCUUCAGUGUCCUUUCCCCUCAGAUCUGCUUUGCCCCUGAGUAUGUGACAGAAAAGACAACAUGUUGA